CACUGCCAGGAAUAAGACGAUGAGCAGCGGCAGUGUGUUGUGCUCGGUCUUUGUGUGUGUGCUGGUGGUGGCAGCGGCCACUGCACCACGGUUCGUUGGCGGAGAGCAGCAUCCGCCGAGGGUCGUGGUGCAAGGCAUGGACUUUCAAUGGCGCCACCGCAUCGCCGGCUUUGAGACGCCCCAUCGAUUGGGAAACUUGCAGUGGGAAGCGAGUGCUUCGAAAUGUUCGCCAAAGAACGUGUCCACCGUAUCGUCGUCCAUGACAUUCACGCCUGGGGUAGACGGCGACUAUGCAUUCCCGCUGGUGCGGUUUGCUGUGGUGGAGAGUCAGGAUUCUGACCUGAUACGCGAGAAGCACGUGCACGUCUCUGCCACGGACCACAUCUCCCCGUCCUCACCAGCCAGCGUAGACAAUGUCACCACAUUUUCCACCACUGGUCGAGGUGAUUCGGACGAAGCGCCCUCCGCAAGAGUCACGAUGCUCGCUAACGUCAGCUUCCCGUCUGCGACGAGCACUAGCAGUGGCGGCACCACUCACCAGCAAGUCCUCGGCGGCGUCAACCUUCGACUGGCGUGUGUCAAUGACAAGGCCGCCGGGUGUGACGUGUGCAACAGCAACGGCGCGUGGUUCAGUGUCUUCAGCAUCAAGCUGCAGCAGUGCAAGCACGACACGUGCGUGCUCAACGCCACAUUCGAGCGCGGCUGGACGCCGUCGCACGGUGGCGGGAAGCCGCUCAGCUCGUGCCUCCACUACAACCUGACGGCACAGGUCCUCUCCGUUGCAGUCAAAGACGUGUUCACGGAUUCGCUCACAUACACGACCUCGCUGUUCACGGUGCCAGCGAAUGUGACGCGCCAUGUGCCACUCCAGCCAGAUACGCUGCCACGCAUGCUUGCUGGCGUGCGUGGCGUCGAAUUCAACCUCACUGCAACGAGCAAGCACCCGCAAAGGGGACGCUAUUUUGAACGCUUCACAUUUGGCGUGACGCAACCACGCACUCUGCAGCGCAACGACAAAGCAGCACACCGCAACCCACGGCUUGGCCCGCGGAACCAGCAAGAGGGUGGGAGCCACAAAGGCAACGCGCACGGCAACAACAAUCGUGGUGCGGACGGCACGGAUGGUGCUCGCGGUGAUGGCGUGCAUGUGGUCUACGAUGCGUCAUGUGCCGUGACCUCGCCGGCUGUCACCACAUACCCAAUCAACGUGACAUAUGCACUGCACACUGCAGUCAUGAUCCUUGCGCGGCCACAGCAGCAACAACAGCACGAUGGCGUUGGUGGCCGCAGUACUGUACAGGUACCUGCGUCUGGAAAUGUUCGUGGCACACCAGGCGGGGCGAGUUCGGGCGUGUUUGUGAGCGGGAGCAGGACUGCGCGUGGUGUUGUGUGCGAGGAUGAUGCCAUCACUGCGUUCCACUGCAGCCAACACAAUCUCCCUGCACAGCUCACGUCCCACGUGCAGUCCGAGUACGCAUGCCGUUUCAGCUCAUAGUCAUUUGGUGUGCACAUAUCAAUUGUCUGUUACGAACGUGGUGUAUGUUGCAUGUGUGUUUUCUGUGUGAACGUUUGGAUUCCGCCAUGUGUUUUUGGUUCAUCCACGUGUGUUUGAACGCAUACGACGUAUGGAUUUCGUUCACACAGGCCAGAGUCAAUUGCUUGCACGUGUGUCAUGGCACAUGUGUGAAGUGGCACACGUGUGUGUGUGUGUGUGUGUGU